GAUUUGAAAUCGACUCGGGAGAAAAGUCAUGUAUAUGCCUAACUAUUUAACAGCAUGGGAAAUUGAAGAAUUGUACGAGAGAUGUGCAGAUUUUGCAGAAGAAACCGACUACAGACAUGUUCCAAUAUACCAAAUGUGGCGCGACAAACCCGACCAUUACUGGAAAGAUAUUUUUCAAAAUAAAGGCGGCGCUAUGAUUCCUUACAUGAAAGAUUUCAAUGGAGAUCAGAGGUCCGCCAUUAACGGAAAUAUUAAGGGUCUGUUUUUUGGAUGCGGGUUAGAUCGCAAGAGAAUAAAGCCGCCAUAUUUCUCCUAUUUUGGAAAUCAACGUCUGCUUGUUGAUUCAGAUUUUAUCUUAAACAAGUCCAAAAAUUUGUAUUUUGCGGAUUUUUACUGUCACUACCAGUAUCACUAUGCGACGUUAGUCGUGACGAAUCCGGGGUCAAAGCAAGACAGCUUUUGCCAGGAACACGAACUUUUUGAACUUGACAUUUUUGAUAACCCGUUUCUCUACCUAGGCGACUCAAGAGGAAACGAGCCUAAACCAGUGUACGUUACCCUUGGGGUCCGAGUAGAAGUAUUUGUGACCAAUAAGAUGAAUAUUCCUCAUUUGCUGAAAAUAAGAAAAGGACGAAUGAUGGAUGUACAGCCCCGCGGCCGCGGUCGCAGUCAUAAGAAUGGGAUCCCCAAGAAAGAGGUGUGCGACAUUUGCAACAUAAACCCUGUGUCUUACAAUAGGUGGAUGGGGAAUAUCUGGUAUUAGUGAUCUAUUGGCUCUGUCAUCAUACGCUUUGCGCUAAGUUUAAUUUCCAGAAAACAUGAAAAAAAUAUGGAGGGAUUAUAUGAAGUGGGUCAAAAUAUUUCUUUCAAUGGGGAGAACUCGAAAAUGAAAUGUGUAUCUUGAUUGCACCCCCUUCAGUGAACGAGCCAAUAGUAUGGUGUGUAAAAAAAAAUACAUGUACAUGAAAAGUAAUUGAGUCAAUCAAAAAUAUCUCUAUCGUAGAAAUAUCCCAAAAAGCAAAUUUCAAUAUUGCACAAUCUUUGACAUACUCUACAAUAAAUUCCAGAGUCAAUUCUUUAUCCGAAUAAUACGAUCCCCUUGACUUUAAUGCCAUAAUAAUCCGACUGUCAAUUAUAAUUACUUUAAAAUUAUAUGGAUUUUAAAUUUUAAAAUUUCCAGUGUACAUGUAUGUUAUUUCA